AUGAAAGAGUACUGUAGCUCUUCACAGAUGUCGGCAAAAGUCCAUGCGCCCCUUGCAUGGGCGCCGGCACCGCGCAAGAAAAAGUCUGUCAAGCUGUCGAUCAAUGACCGACUGCGUCUGCUGAUUGGUGACAUGAUUAGCGAAGAGGAUCUGGGAAAGCGCCUGGCAUUUGGACGCGUUCUGGGCACUGGAGCUACAUCCAAGGUUUACGAGGCCCUAGACACGGCCACUGGUGAUCGCGUGUCGGUAAAAGUGUUUGACAAGGCAACGUUGGUCGAGGCACGUCGCUCCAUGGUUGCUGACGGCCACUUUGUGCCGGAGAAAGCCGUGCAUCGUGUGCGUCGUCGACUUCUGAAGCUUGUAUCCGAACUUGAAAUUUCCAAGUUGCUGAACCAUCCUAAUAUUGUCAAGUACCUGGGAGCUUUUGAGACGUCUCACCGAAUUUGCAUCGUGUAUGAGCUUGUUGAGGGCUCGGAUUUGCUUGAACGUCUGCUGGAGAAUGGAAGGAUGCCCCAGCAUCAGGUAGCCGUUGUCCUUCGUCAGCUAUUAUCGGCGGUGGAAUACUGUCAUGCUCGCAAUAUUUUUCACCGUGACUUAAAGCUGGAAAAUGUGAUGAUUACUAAAGAUCUGGAAGUGAAGCUUAUUGAUUUUGGAUUGUCUGAAUGUAUGGCAUGCGCCGAGCGGCCGCUGAAAACGGUAUGUGGUACGCCUUUGUAUUGCAGCCCAGAGAUUCUUUUUCUACACAGUUCUGCUGAAAGUUGCCGUAAAGGCUUUUAUGGAGCACCUGCCGAUGUGUGGAGCGUAGGUGUUCUAAUCUUUGCACUCCUUACAGGAUGUGCACCUUUCGAUGACUCGGAUUUUCACACACUACGUAUAGAUGUAUUACGGAACCACAUCAAUUAUCCUGCGUACAUUUCAGAUCAAGUGAAAGAGGUACUUAAGAGUGUGCUUGUAAUUGAGGCGACGAUGAGACCUACUGUUAAAGAGUUGCUGUCUCAUGGCUGGCUUCAGGACUCGGCAGAAUACAAUCUGAUAGCCAACAAUGAGGUGGAGCUGACUAACGCCGAAGCGAAAGACAACUGGUCGUACGCUACACGCAAUGACAAUGUCGAGAUCAGCUGUCGCUCACUUCUUUGUCGCACUAGCGGUUCGGAUUGUACGUACAGCUCGGACCCAAGCCUCGAAGGCGCAAGUAAACGCCGAUCAUCAACAACAACAAACGUUCUAAACGUGGAAAACGAUGCUUGUGAGGGCAUACAUUUUUUCAAUAGUGACUCACUGGGGCAUUUUAAUAAAUUAUCGUAUAGAUAA